AUGGUAUCUUCGGUGGUCACAUUGGGUGUCCUGAUUUUGGCAGUGACUGCCUCAGCAGAUGUUUCCCAUUUGGGUUAUCAACGUUACAGCCGGCCGCAAACGAUUCGUUUGCAACGUUUGGAAUCGGGUCGUCCCACACCAUAUCCAGCUUCGGGUUAUCGUCCCGCCAAGGAAUUUAAUUUACCCAGUGAACAGCCUCAGUUCCCGUUGGGCGCCCAUCCACAGAAGCAGGAAAGUGGCAGCAACAAUUUCAACAACAAUAAUGGAGGUUUUGAGAUUCUUUCCGAACCCCAACAACCUGAGGUUUUCUAUGGAGCUCCAAGCCGUUUCAGGCCCGAGCAGGGUCGUACUCCCGUUCAGCAGCCUCAGCCAACGAACUUCAACAACAAUAGGCCUCAGGAAGCAACCUUUAACAACAACCAACCUCAGCAAUCGAACUUUAACAACCAACCUCAGCAAUCGAACUUCAACACCAACUCUCAACAACCCGCCUUCAACCCUCAACAACAACAACAGCCCACCUUCAUCUCCAACACCCAAGGUCAACAACAACCCAGCUUCAGCAACAACCCCCAAGUUCAACCUGCAUUCAACACCGCUCCCCAACAGACCUAUGGUGCCCCCGAACGUCAACCUCAAACCCAGCCACAACCCCAACCUGAAGCCGAACAACAAUUCGAAGUGCAAACCCAAACCGUUAACUCCGGUUCCAAUGAACUCUCCGAACCACAAGGACAACCCCAAUCUCCAGUUCAAAGACCCAAUGGCCUAUAUGACGCUCCGGCACGCCUUCGACAAAUCCCAGCCCGCCUGCAACAGAAACAACCACAACCUCAACGCCUAUAUGCCACCCCUUUGCAAUCCGGACGUUUAGUCUCUGCAGGUAAACCCCAAUCAUCUCGAUUCACCGACAAUCGCGAGGAAGACGAAGAAGAUGAUGAAGAUACCACUUCGGAAAUUGAAACCGAACCCAAGAAGGAGGAGGGAGAAAAGAAACAGCCAUCCGCUCAAAAUGUAGCCACCAUUGCCUAUUACCCUGCUGGAGCCUUCAGUUUUGUCCAGCCUUUGACGGCGAACUUUGUGGCUACCGCUCCCAAGGCUGCUUUUGUCGCAGCACCCAAUGCUGCUUAUGUUAGUGCCACCGGACAAUAUGUAGCCGCUGCCGGGCCCUAUGUUACCGCACCAGCUACCUCAUAUGUCUCGGGUCCAGCUACUUCAUUUGUAACUGCCGCAACUGCUCCCGUCCAAACUGGUACCUAUGUCACUCAGGCUAACGCUCCAGUAGCUGGUGCCUAUGUCACUGCCGCCACCGUCGCUGCUCCCAGUGCCGCCUAUGUUGUUGCCUCACCCAAAACUCCCAUCUACCAAACCUCCUCCUUUGUCCAGCAACCAUUCCAGUUUGCUCCUGCCGCACCAGCCCAACUCAAUGCCUGGUAA